AUGGACUCUAAAUAUGCAGGCGGAAGUCAGUUAAUGCACUUUCUAACCGAUGAAACCGGUGCCAAAUGUGGAGAUUUCACCUUUAAUGAGCACGAUCUUGUCCUAACAUGUACCAAUGAAAUUAACCUUAAUUGUCAACCGGCUCAGGUUAUGGUCAAUCACCCCAAAAUUCCUGGUCUCUCUUGGGUCAUAUUUUUUUACCAAACUGGACCAAAUCAAUAUCAGCCACGAAUAGCUUUCGAUUUUCCUAACUAUCUACGUGCGGAUGCCGAAAUUUGCAUUCAAUUUGCUGGAAUGCAUUGGUUGAUCAAACAUAAAUUUGAAGGCAGUUCAUGGCUGACAACUGCCCUUGCUCCUAAGAAUAUGAAUGAACGUUGGGUCACUCUUGGAGCAGUAAAGAAAGUUGAUGUUCGGGUUAAUAUCACAAAGAUUUGGUUCAAAUUUCCUCUCUUCACCGCCUGCUGUCACCCAAUAAAAACCAAGCGAAUUGUUCGUCAACCGGAUUUCACCAUCGCUGAUCACUUUGCAGAUUGUCAGUUAGUUCCACAAGAUCCCCGCAAUCGAAAAUUGUUUGCUCACCGCCAGGUACUAGCCAUGAAUUCCCCAUGGUUUUAUGAGAGGUUCAAGUGUAUAGCAAGCCUAAAUUGUGGUGAUUUUGGACCUGUAAUCUCAAUACCCUUUGAGUUUGACUGCGUUCAUAACUUCUUAUGCUUUAUUUAUCCAAACAGUGAUUUGGCAAUCGAUUCACAGAAUGUGGAAGGACUAAUGGAUAUGGGGAAGGAAUACCAAAUACCAUAUAUCAUUAGACAGUGUGAGAAAUUCCUCUACACCUAUAUGGAAGGAGGUUCAGCAGUUCUAGCCUACUACCUCGGCAGAAAACACGAACUACCAGCUUUACAGGAUGCUGCUCUUCUACAUCUAGCAGAACUCAAUGCUACACAACUUAGAUCUCGAAUCUCGCUGGAUAUGAAGGUUAAAAGCGCGGAUACUCAAGAAAUUCUACUCAAUGACCUUUGUCACCGCCUCUGCGGUUAA